UACAGUGUCCUGAUGGAGUGUUCGAUGAUCGCUUGGUAAUGUCUGGCAGCAUGGCGAACCUCACGGAUGCGACAUCACUGCAGCAGUUUGAGGAAUUAUUAAAAAAUAACAGCAAGUCCCUCACCGUUGUCCAUUUCCAUGCGCCAUGGGCUCCGCAGUGUUCACAGAUGAACGAAGUGAUGGCAGAAUUAGCCAAAGAGCACAAACACACCAUGUUUGUGAAGCUGGAGGCAGAGGCAGUCCCGGAGGUUUCUGAGAAGUAUGAGAUCACUUCAGUUCCCACCUUCCUCUUCUUCAAGGGCGGUGAGAAGAUUGACAGGUUGGAUGGUGCGCAUGCCCCUGAGCUGACCAAUAAGGUGCAGCGGCUGGGGUCCGGUGGGGGCGGGGCUGCCAGGGCGGGGGACGUCCCUAAAGAGGAUCUCAACGAGAGACUGAAGAGGCUGAUCAACGCCGCACCCUGCAUGCUCUUCAUGAAGGGAUCGCCCCAGGAGCCUCGCUGUGGUUUUAGUCGUCAGACUGUUCAGAUUUUGAAGGACCACAAUGUACAGUACAGCAGUUUUGACAUUCUCUCGGAUGAAGAGGUCAGACAGGGAAUCAAGACCUACUCCAACUGGCCCACUUAUCCGCAAGUCUACGUCAACGGAGAACUCAUCGGAGGACUGGACAUCGUAAAGGAGCUGGUUGAAUCGGGAGAACUUGAGAAUACUUUCCCCAAAAGCGUCUCACUGGAAAACAGGCUGAAAUCUCUAAUCAGUAAAUCACCCGUCAUGCUCUUCAUGAAAGGCAAUAAAGAGGCUGCCAAAUGUGGAUUCAGCCGUCAGAUACUUGAAAUAAUGAACAGCACGGGAGUUGAGUACGGAACGUUUGACAUAUUGGGAGAUGAAGAGGUUAGACAAGGACUCAAGACGUACUCCAACUGGCCGACGUACCCACAGCUGUAUGUUAAAGGGGAACUAAUCGGAGGCCUGGACAUAGUCAAGGAGCUGAAAGAGAACGGCGAGCUGGCAUCUGUGUUGAAAGGAGAAAACUAAACUACUCCAGCACUGAAGAACAUGUGGAUCACAUUGCCGGGUUGCCUGUAUCCUGCACACUUAACCUCAGGAAUGGAGUACUCGGAUUAGACUUAUCCCAUCCAAUUUAGCGUUUUUUUUAGAAAAUGACUACAUUUCAAAAACAUUGUCGAUCCUCUGCUGUAAAUCCAAUAAAGCCAAUUCUGUGAUCUGU